AUGACGUCCGACCCCCGCCCAAAACAAGAUGGGAAUACAGGGUCUAUGUAUCGCGCAAACUUAUCGCCCGCUCAAGUCAUCGCGGAGGCGUGGCGACGCGAGUCUCCGCAAAGUCAAGAAUUUUGGCGGCAAGCAGAGGCAAAACGCAAAGAGCUCUACACAGCACCCCGGUCACAUAAACCACGGGGAAAGAUUUAG